AUGGCGUGUAUUAGAGCACCAAGAUCCGUCUGUGGAUCCAGCGACGACAUCAAGGCUGAUUCCACCCGCAAUGUCAUACAGAUCUAUACUGAUUGGGCGAACUAUUACUUGGAGAGGGGUGGCUGCAAGAGAAGGGUGACAGACCUUCAGUUGGACCUUUGCGACGGAGUUCUUCUCGCUGAUCUGGUGGAGGCUGUCACCAACCAGAAGGUGAUCGACGUAAAUAGAAGGCCCAAGAACGCUCAACAAAUGGUAAGUUUCCAUUCAAGAGUUCCCAUUUAUAUGCUAUUCCUCAUUGAAAAAUUCCCAUUUAUCUAUUUCUCGCUGAAAAAUUCCCAUUUAUCUGCUAUUUCUCGCUGA